AUUCUCUUUUUCUUGGUGCAGAUUUUUAAGGUUAUAGUAAUGGCGACGAAGAAAGUCAUAGCUAUAUGUCAGUCAGGGGGACAUUUUGUGACAAAUAAAGAUGGAACAUUAGCUUAUAAAGAUGGAGUGGCUUAUGUCAUAGACAUCGACCACGACACUUCUCUAAGCGGUUUCACGUCCGAAUUCGCCGAGAGGUUCGGGUUAAGUGGGGAGGCUAUGACAACUAUGAGCCUUAAGUACUUCCUCCCUAAAAACAAGAAAACCCUUAUCACCAUCUCCAAGGAUAAGGACUUCAAACGUAUGCUCAGCUUCUCCGCAGACGCACCCGAUGUCGAGAUCUUCGUCUUACCCAAGGAACCUGACACGAGAAUUGUUUCCAACAUGCCAGCUAGUAGGUCAAGUACAACAACCGCAUCGGAAGCAGCAGUGGUGCCUGUGGUUUCUGCAGGCGAUGUUGUUAUGGGAGACGAUGAUGAUUUCCACAUCGAUAUGGAGAUAAUGCCUGACGAGAGCAGCCCUUUGCCUGAAAAUUUCGUCUUGAGUGACGAGAAACAGCAUGUAAGACCAGCGCAGCAGUGGGAGAACACCAUCACGGGUGUUGAUCAGAGGUUCAACAGCUUCACAGAGUUCCGGGAUGCGCUGCACAAGUUCUCGAUCGCGCACGUGUUCACUUACAAGUACAAGAAGAACGAUAGCCACCGGGUCUCGGUCAAAUGCAAAGCUCAGGGAUGUCCAUGGCGUAUCACUGCGUCGAGGCUUUCGACCACGCAGCUCAUAUGCAUCAAGAAGAUGAAUCCGAGGCACACGUGUGAGAGAGCGGUUGUCAAAGCUGGUUACCGUGCAACGAAAGGUUGGGUCGGGAGUCUCAUAAAGGAGAAGUUGAAAGCUUUCCCUGAUUACAAGCCGAAAGAUAUUGCAGAGGAUAUUAAGAGAGAGUAUGGGAUUCCACUGAAUUACUCACAGGCAUGGAGAGCUAAAGAGAUUGCUAGAGAGCAGCUUCAAGGCUCUUACAAAGAAGCGUAUAGUCAACUUCCCUUUCUCUGCGACAAGAUCAAGGAGACGAAUCCUGGAAGUGUCGCCACUCUCAUGACAAAAGAAGAUUCGAGCUUCCACCGUCUUUUCAUAUCCUUCUAUGCGUCGAUAUCUGGAUUCAGACAAGGUUGUCGCCCUCUCCUUUUCCUUGACAGCGCCGUCUUGAACUCCAAGUACCAAGGGGUUAUGCUUGUUGCUACAGCUCCUGAUGCAGAGGAUGGAGUAUUUCCAGUAGCUUUCGCUGUUGUGGACUCUGAGACGGAAGAGAACUGGGUUUGGUUUCUGGAGAAUCUCAAAUCGGCAUUGUCCGAUUCCCGGAGAAUCACGUUUGUCGCAGAUUUCCAAAACGGUCUGAAGAAUGCAUUGCCUCUGGUGUUUGGAAACGAACACCACCAUGCCUAUUGUCUGCGUCACCUCGCCGAGAAACUAAACACGGACUUGAAGGCUCAGUUUUCUCAUGAAGCAAGACGGUUUAUGCUCAACGAUUUCUAUGCUGCUGCUUAUGCGACACGGCCCGAUGGAUAUUACCGUUGCUUGGAGAACAUAAAAAACAUUUCCCCUGAUGCUUACACUUGGGUUAUCGAAAGCGAACCUCACCAUUGGGCUAAUGCUUUAUUUGAAGGAGAGAGGUAUAACCACAUGAACUCCACUUUCGGGCUAGAUUUCUACGGCUGGGUUUCCGAAGCGCACGAGUUGCCUAUAACUCAAAUGAUAGACGAGCUCAGAGCAAAGCUGAUGCAAUCGAUCUAUACGCGUCAGGUACAGUCCCGGGAAUGGGUUGCUGCAGCGCUAACACCAGCUAACGAGGAGAAGCUACAGAAAGAAGUAGAACUCGCAAGGCCACUUCAGGUUUCAGGGCCGCACAAUAGCUUAUUCGAGGUUCAUGGUGAAUCCAUCAACGUAGUUGAUAUCAAUCAGUGUGACUGUGACUGUAAGCUGUGGAGACUGACGGGUUUACCCUGCAGCCACGCGAUUGCAGUGAUUCAGUGCAGCGAGAAAAGCCCUUAUGAAUACUGCUCCAGAUACUUUACCUUAGAGAGUUACCGGUUAACGUAUGCUGAGUCCGUUCACCCUGUACCCAAGGAUAUGAUGAUGACGACGACGACGGAGGGGGUGGUUGUUUCAGUAACGCCUCCGCCCACGAGAAGGACACCGGGGAGGCCAAAGAGUAAGCAGGUGGAACCGAUAGACAUGAUCAAGCGUCAGCUUCAGUGUAGCAACUGCAAGGGAUUAGGACAUAACAAGAAGACCUGCAAAGCUACGUCCGAAGUAUAG